GCGACGUCACGGGCAGCCGGAAGUGGAGCGGAGUGGGUAUUCUGUUUAGUCGGUGUGCUGUUCGCCUUCAUCGCAGAUAUGCCAGAGUUAGCGGUGGAAAACGUGGUGGUACACCCUCUGGUGUUGCUCAGCGUGGUCGACCACUUUAACAGGAUAGGAAAAGUUGGAAAUCAGAAGCGAGUGGUGGGUGUCCUUCUGGGGUCGUGGCAUAAAAAAGUUCUUGAUGUCUCUAAUAGUUUUGCGGUGCCGUUUGAUGAAGACGACAAGGACGACUCUGUGUGGUUCCUGGAUCAUGACUACCUGGAGAACAUGUAUGGCAUGUUUAAGAAAGUUAAUGCUCGAGAAAGGAUAGUUGGGUGGUACCACACAGGACCCAAGCUCCAUAAAAAUGACAUUGCCAUCAACGAGCUCAUCAAGCGGUACUGUACCAACUCGGUGUUAGUCAUCAUAGACGUGAAGCCCAAAGAUCUUGGACUGCCCACAGAAGCAUACAUUUCAGUGGAGGAAAUCCAUGAUGACGGCACCCCAACGUCUAAGACGUUCGAACAUGUCACCAGUGAAAUUGGAGCUGAAGAAGCAGAAGAAGUGGGAGUGGAGCAUCUCCUGAGAGACAUCAAGGACACCACAGUGGGCACUCUGUCACAGCGCAUCACAAACCAGGUUCACGGCCUGAAGGGGCUCAACUCCAAGCUGCUGGACAUCCGCUCUUAUCUAGAACGGGUGGCUGCAGGCAAACUUCCAAUCAACCAUCAGAUCAUCUACCAGCUACAGGAUGUCUUCAACCUGCUGCCGGAUGUAAACCUACUGGAGUUUACUAAAGCCUUUUACCUGAAGACCAACGACCAGAUGUUGGUGGUCUACCUGGCCUCGCUCAUCCGCUCCGUGGUGGCUCUGCACAACCUGAUCAACAACAAGAUUUCCAACAGAGACGCAGAGAAGAAGGAAGGGCAGGAAAAGGAGGAAGGGAAGAAGGAGAAGAAAGACGACAAAGAGAAGAAAGACGAAAAAGACAAAGACAAGGAGAAAGACAAGGGAGAAGGGGCCAAAAAAGAUGAGAAGAAGAAGAAAUGAGUGCUCUUCCUCUGUGGUCCUCUCUCCGAUCACACCAUCUUCAGCAGGAUGGCGUUCUACUUUCUUCCCCUCAGGAUGUGGGUCUGAGACUAAAAGUAGGACUCUAAAUGGGGAAUUGUCAUUUGAGAUCUGGCCUCCUGGUAACAUCCUGACACUCAAAAGACUGCUAUUACGGUAUAAAGAUGACGACGUUUUGCUCUCCAGUGUUCUGAACUGUGAGAACAUGUUUAUGCUGUUUUCAUAGUUGCCAUGCUCUCGGUGUUUUCCAGCGCCUGGUUCUGCUUCUUUUUUUUUGUUUGUUUUUUUGUAAAAUGGAGUAAAAAUGAUAUUGUUUUCAUUAAAUUGGGAACACACUAAAUGUUUGUUUGUAGUUUUUUGUUCACCUUUUGUCAUUAAAACAAGCAAAAUAUA